AUUUUGAUUCGCGCAUGAAUAAAUCUUUCUAAGCCCACGAUUCUUACGUUACCUCGUGUUUUCAAUCGUUUCCAUCGGUCUGUAAGAAUGAUAACCUAGCAAAUUACGAUACGACUGGUUUUGCGGCAACCUUGCGACGCGUCGGAUGAUACGUAAAACUGAUCGCACUGAAGUUAACGCAGUGUGCAACAUGCUAUCGAAUGAUCGAACUAUCGAGGAAAGUCAGUCGCGCGAGAUGAGCGAGAUCGCGAACAUUUGUAUGGAGAAGAGGUUGAGGUUAUUAACAAUGUCGGUGUAAUUUCAGUCCCUCGCCGUGCAAUUUAAUUACUCGGUUCUACUUCUGCCCAUGCCCGCCCCGAUCGCAAAAUGCGUAUCUGCGUGUGAUGCCUUUCUCCGCAUGAUGAUACAUGAAUCAUCCAGUCAUAGCCAACCUAAUUUGUCUUAUCGCGAUCUUCCGGUGUGAUAAGACCGAGUUUAGCUAAUCUAAGAUAAACUAGCCGGCGUGCGAGACUUAAUCUCGAAGAUUGGCGGCUUUCGGAUAUCGCAGAAUCAAUUUGCGGUAUGCUACUGCGAAUUUCCAAUCGGUCCUCCAAUAGAAAUGAAUUUUAAAUGAAUCUCGCAGCGGAUGUUUCUCCGCCUCUCUUUAAAAAGGACACGCGUUACUCAGACAGGUAUUUUCAAGAAGAAAAGGUAAUAGUACAAAAUGAAAUCUUAGUAAUGUAACGUGCUCAGGUUUAUGACGGACGGAAGUAAGAGUUUUCACUUAAAUAUAUUUCAUUUUUCUACUUAAAAGUUAUUAGGCCAGAAUUUCUGUUACACGGGACAAUUAUAUAACUCAUUUUGUCUUGAAUGCUUAGACCACCAAAAUCCAAGCUCAGUAAUCGUACUGGACUUUCAGCCGCAAGAUGCGGCUUGCAUGCGCAUCCGUUACACCUGAUAGCAAAGUGCAGCGACGUACGCCACGUCCGAUAAGGUUAUCGCUGAUGCGCAUCAUUUUUCUCUCUCGAUCAAGGUCUGUCGACGUCAUUUUGAUGAAUAUUCGUCCUGAAAUUCGCCCGAAAUUCCAGCUCUUUUGUCGGUUGCUCGCCGGCACGCCGAUUGAACUUUGACCGUAAAAAUCUCUCGGAAAAAACGAAAAUCAGCAUGCAGUCUCGAAUACUCGGACUCAUCCGUGUCUAUGGAUCAGUACCCCUUUAAUUGUACCCCUAGGCUACAAGCUGAUUGAUCGAGAGACAGUUUAUUCUGCAAGACGAUCUGCCACGCGACGCUCCUCGGCGCGCCGCUUCUAUACCGCGAUGACGCGUUCUGCCGUUGUACAUUAUCGGUGUCCGCCUUUACAAACACGUAAACUAUUCCGCGUACUUUUCCGCGAAAUAACAUGCAUAUGACUUGUCGAAAAUUUGCGUAUUCAAAUUUAAUUAAAUCAUUAAGAAGCGAGUUGCUUUAAAUUUUUAGAAUUCUUAAAGAAAUCUAUUCGCAUAUUUAUAACUGAGAAGAAUAGAUAUUUUAUGGUCAUCAGGUAAUUUAUACAUAUAAUGCUUGAUUGAAAGAUAUUUUAAUGUUUAUUACGACAAUUAAUAUUUCAAAAUCAAAGUAGUUCUCGAAACGGAUUUAACAUUAAUGUCUCCUUUAAUAUCUCAAUGUUGCAAUCUAGUUACAAGGCUUUACAUGGAUCCCCGAAAUACGAUGACUGUAAUGCGGUACUGAGGAGGAAGCGCUCAACGCAAAAGAUGUCAAGAAGCUGCCGGUCAAUCCGUCGAAUCGAUGGAUGAUAUGGCAAAAAAGCAAAAGAAAAAUGUGGUCAGCCGCUUAUUGUCUUCUUUCAAUAGCGAAAGUGGGAAGGCAAUCACCGGGAUACCGGUGAUUGGACGUUUGCACCAUGCAAACACAAUCGGCGACCUUCCUUGCGCCGAUUGAAUUAAUACCCGGCGAAUUAGAAUAAUCGAAUAUUUACGCUACGUGACGGCCGUCCUCGCGAUUAAUCAGCGCAAGCAAACCGUGGCGAUCGUGGUGGUGCGCACUCGAUGUUUGGUCGCCCGCGAGUCCCGUUCGUGUUGCGCGCGAAUGACAAUCGCGACAGCUAAUCCGGACAAAUCCGAGCGUUCAAGAGAUAUUUAAUCUCGCGGAUAUUUUCCAGAUAUCCGAGUGUUAUUCGAGUUUUGCGCCGUUGUUUGUUUCUGCAAGUUACUGUGAGACACCGUAAAUACUUGGUAUUUAUAGAAGGAGAAGAUGAACCCGCUUGCGUCUGAAUUUAUGGGGGAUAUCAAAGCGACCGUGACCGACGACCAGCGAUUACGUAUCCUGUGAUAUUAGUUGUGACGACUCAUGACCAUGCCCAUUCAGAAUUUGACCAACAAAUUAUAUACGAGAUAUCUUAUCUAUCGUAUUUGAACUCAAUGUUUGCCUGGACCUUAUGGAAACUCGUAAACAAGCAGUUAUUUUGGCAUUAUAAAAAUAUAAUAUUGCUCCAAGCAUCUAAAAGUGUUAACCAGUAUAGAAAUGUUGAUUACGGUACGAGGCAUAUUACCAAAGCUGCGGUAUUGUCUGUUUGGCAACAUCGUGCCGACAUAUGAUUUUGCGUCGACUAGUCGAUACUGGACUGAAAUUAUCACUAUAGACAUGGGUCAGCGAGUUAUCGCGAAUACCGAGCCCGCGGAUAUGUCAUUCUGUGUCAGUUGACGGGAAUCAUUGCGAUCGCAUACACGCUUGUGCUCCGCUCGAGGACAUAGGGAAAUUAAUGAACAGAAUUUUACAUAUGCAGGAGCGCUGAGAGCACGUCGGAUGGAGAGAAUUUAAAUGGAUGCUUCCAAAAGACCGAUGGAUUAGUACUUCUCACGACUGACUCGCGGUGCGAACCAACAAAUCAACAAUCUUGCACGUCUCCGUACAGCAGUGCCGUUUCUUUCAGUUUCGAUGAACUGAAAAUUAAUAAUUGAUCGAGAGGAUGGGCUCGUCGGCGGAAUUUUCAACACUGUAAAAUCUGUGCACGUGCCAUCCCGCGCCGAUUGGAAAACGUCAAGAACCACCUGGCAAUGUUUCAUCUGGACGAGCGAGACGGUACCACGAAAUACGACUCGUCGUCCUCGUUGAACAAAGAGAAUUUCGGCUGGUGGCUGUACGAUCGAGAUCGAGAAAUCGUAAUGUCGCCUGCGUCAAAUCACAACAAGGAUCAUCGCUCAUCUGAAUCGUCCUGCGUCAACUCGGACGAGUCGGACAGCCACAGUUUCGUACAGAAUGUGUCGCGACAAGAGCAUGAAAGCGAAAUUGGUGAGAAAAUCGAACUCACUUCGUUUGCGGAGGACUACUUGGACGUUGAUCUGAUCGAGCAGGAUAUUUCGGAAAAGAAUAAGUCAGCCACGUAUGAGAGCGAAGGCAACGACUGUGAAGAAUCUAAAUUCGGAGCCGUUUGCUACACUCCAGAAAGGCUGAUCAGAUCUCAAAAGUACCGGAUACUCAUACCGUCUCCACGCUACCUUAUCCUGUCCCAAGCGAGUUUCACGCCGGGAAAUGAGAGCACAGAGCAACAAUCGCACCGAAGACGAUUGAGUUGUCUCAUUGACUCCAAGAACAUCGGUUCAGCGCGGCUAAAAGAGCUUCUGAAUGUAUCGACCACGGACAAGAAAGAAUACACGAUUUCCUCGCCCAUUUUCAGGGUGAAUGAAUGCACUCCGAAAAUGGGCGAGAAUCAAUGCACAGCCGAUGAUUUUAAUCCGCCGAUUAAACCUAAUGAAGAUUCUCUAAAUCAGAAUGAAGACCGAGAUGUGCAAAGUGCAGAGACGAUUAGCAACAACAGCAGCAGCAGCAGCAGGUUGAGUUAUGACCGGCUAAAUUCUACCUGGGACGACUGCAAAGGGUCGAUCACUCACCUAUCCUCCCUGGAGGACACUUCCGGUAUACAGAGCAAUGAUUGGAGCAUGGAAACGCCGAGCGACACUACGCAAAAUACACCAAUGUCUCUUUGUGACGAGUUGGGAAUUAUAUCGAGAAGGCACACCCCUAGUUUUAGAAACAACCAAGGUGUCGCCAUCAACGAGGUAAUGUCUAUCCUCGAGGGUCUUCCGAGCGACGCCGAAAAGGCAAUGGUACUUCUGGAGGAGGAGGAUCGAUUCUACGACAGCAUGUCCUCUCACGACCAAUUAACCAGGCUGGCUCUGACUAUAGAGAUAGACACGGAGGAAACGCUAACGGUUCCUGACGAUACGAAUAAUUGGAUACAACACCUUCGCGAUAAGAUAGAACGAUUGCAGCUCGCUAACAAGGAAAUCCAUAAAGACAUAUGCACUUUACAUACAAAUUUCCAGUGUGACGGAAAAAAAAUAACUGAUCUAUCGAGUAAUACAACAGAGAUGCUAGAAGAACUUCACGAGUUGCGGUAUCUCGAUGAUUUGCUGGAGCUCCUGGAGGGAGAACUCGAACAGAUUUCGAAGAGAAAUUGGCCGUUUAUUCUAGGGCACAGUAAUCCUCGGGAAGAAAUGAAUCUAAUAAUUUAAUCGUAAUCUCAAAGCAGGUUGGAUGUUAUUACGAUUACAAUCAUUAAAAUCAUAAUUACGAUCUCAAAGAUCAUUGUGAACAGUCAAUGCAAAAGAUUUACCUCGAAAGGAGAAAAUGUGGACAGAGUUCCUUUUCUCUGAGUUUCUUAUUUUCAAAGUUGCCAAAGGAAAAGUAUUUCUUUCCGACUCGACAAGUUAAAUAUCUUAGAUAUCUUCGAGAAAAGUUUCGUAAUUGAAAAUAAUAUAAUUAUUUUAAUUAUUUUUCAUACAUAUACAUGCAUACACACACAUACAUACGCGCGCGUGCACACAUAAGUAAGGAUAAUCAUAAUUUACACGAAAGAACUCAAAGUCCAAGUCUCAGUAUAUCAAAGCGAAUAAGACGAUUCGAUCUUUCAACGAAAAUCGACAUAUUCGACUUUGUAAUGAUUUAUCAAGUGAAAGAAAUUUUGCAUGCUCUAAAUAAUCAUCAUACCCGAUAAAUGUAUACUGAUGUAUUCUAGAUCUGCCGAGUCCACUUUUAUGUUUGGUUUUUUCAUUCAUGAAGUUUCAAAUAAAAUUUUAUAAA